UGUGCUCCCUCCCCCAUUUUUUUACGGAGAAACUGUCAAAACAUUCCAAUGGUGUGAGCUCGACUGCAGCGCACAGACCGCGGGCAAGGCGCAAGACACCAGGUACUGCAACCAUGGCUCCCCAACAUGCCUUGCUUCUGCUGGUUAUCGUGGCCAAUGCCGUUGACGGGCAACAACAUCAGUUAAUGGAGUACAUGGAGAGGAGGCUCGCUGUCUUAGAGGAGCGGAUCACGCAGUGGCAUGAUCAGAGCAGCCGUUACUCCACUGAGCUGAGGGAUUUCAAGAACAAGGUUUUGUCCAUGCUGGAGUCAGUGGAGAAAGACCGGGAGACACUUCGCUCAGAGGUAGAAAACACUGCAGUGCGAGUGGACCGGCUGGAGCGAGAGGUGGACUACCUUGAAACUCAAAAUCCUGCCCCACCCUGUGUGGAGGUGGAUGACAAACUAAUGGAGAAUCAAGUUGCCAAUGCCAAGAAGCGCAAGAAUGAGAAGUAUGACAAAAUGACAGAUUGCAGUGACACAGUGUCCCAGGUGAAAGCCAUGAAAAUCCUAAAGCGGUUUGGCAGCACUGCUGGACUCUGGACUAAAGACCCAGUGGGAAAUUCGGAGAAGAUCUAUGUGUUUGAUGGCACUAGCAACGACACCGUGUAUGUCUUCCCCAGAACGAGAGAGUUCACGCUCUUCUCUGCUACACGAAAGGCUGCACGCAUCAAGCUACCCUAUCCAUGGGUCGGCACUGGACACUUGGUAUAUGGGGGCCAUCUUUAUUAUAUCCGAAGACACGGCACUUUCCAGGUUAUCAAGUUUAGCUUGGCCAACAAGACUAUUGUGGAUAGUUCAGUUUUCCCUGCCGAGGAGCAGAUCCCUGUCUUUGGUCUUUCAUCCUAUAACUACAUUGAUCUGGUGGCCGACGAGGAAGGGAUCUGGGCUAUUUAUGCCACACAAGAGAAUGAAAGAAACAUUGAAUUGGCCAAGCUAGACCCUGCAACCCUGGACAUUGAGCAAAUGUGGGACACACCAUGUCCCCGGGAGAAUGCAGAGAGCGCUUUUGUCAUCUGUGGUGCGCUCUAUGUGGUGUACAACACGCGACUGCCCAGCCGGUCUCGUAUCCAGUGUGUCUUUGAUGUCAGUGGCUCAAUGGCAAAUGAAGAUGCUCCCCUAGUCUACUUCCCCAAGCGGUACGGCUCUCACUCCAGCAUGAAGUACAACCCCAAAGAGAGGCAGAUCUAUGCUUGGGAUGAUGGCUAUCAGCUUAUUUACCGCAUGGAGAUGAAGAAGAAGACCGAAGUCUGAGAAAGGCCUAGAGCUCUGGUGGACAGCGCAUCAGAAACAUGCUCCAUUGCCUCCCUGCAGAUACGACUCAGCUGCCUACUCAUGCACAUAGCAUGUUCAGCUCCUUAGAAAACCAGCAAGCAUGGAGUAGACUGGACUUCCUGAUACAUCAAACAUUUUUAAUGCAGAAAUUGCCUACAUUUGAGGAGGGGAGGACUCGCCAUUUCUUUCUUUUCCCCCAGCUCACUUAAAAUUGGAUUAUUAUUUUUAGGUGCGGGGGGCCUUAUGCUCGAAAACAUAAAAAACUACUGGGGAAUAGAGUUAAUCAGCUCUAUUUUUGAAGCAGGGGCACCCCCCUCUAUGUUUCCAUACUGCCUUAGAAAUCAAAUUGGCAUCACCCCGGCAGCCCUGCUAUUUCAUAGACGCCUCCCUUUUCAGAAUGACAGCCCAGAAGGAUCUUAAGCUGCCUGCCCAAAUGAGGCAGUGAGCAGGCACUCAUGAUAACUAUAAGGCCAGGCACUGCAGUAAUAAUAAUAAUAAUAAUCCCAUAGGGUUUGGUUAAUUUAACAAGAAUGUAAAACCUAUUUUUCUUCUCGCUUUCCUUUGCCCUCCAGAAGCUUUAAUUGGACAGUCCAGGUGGCAGUUUCCUGCUUGCUUGUUGUACCUUAUUAUUUCUGUUGUUCUAUUUAAAUCUCCUUUCUAUAAAUCAGAAUAUGUCUGUA